AGGAACCAGCAAAAGCAUUUCACACAUGACACAUCUCAAUCAUAAAUGGGGUUCCAUACCCCCACAACAGAAAACAAAAAACCAAAAAACACAUAAAUGGGUAUGGAAGAAUUCACCCUAUUCAACUGCAUGUAGUGAUUCAGUUAUACAAAUAAUUCCACAUAAAUAAAACCAACCAAUAGGAUGGUUCAGAAGUCAAGCAGCUUAAUGUUUUAAUUGCAUGCACAUGAAUGGAGUGACCAGAUCUCCACCCAAUCCUCCAACAAGACAAUGCUCUCUGGCUUUAGAUAAAGAAUGUAAGGUAAACAAUUCAUGUGAAACCAAAACCAAGAUGCCCCAAACUCAAAGCAAUUCCCCCAUCAAAACAAGACCAAAUACAAUCUCUCUCCAUCAACAAGCAUCCACCUUCCCUCCAACCCUAGAAAAAAUUAUGUAUAAAUCCAACAUUAUUACCACAACAAUCCCAGACAAAAUGGCUGCAAACACUCCAGUAGAAGUAGGCACCAGAGGCACUGUUGGAUCUCUUAUAUUGCAAGAAAUGGAGCAUUUUAGCCGGCUAGAAUUAGACGGCCCGGAAAGCUCCAAGAAGCCUCAGUGUCAAUCUAAAGACAUGGCCUCCACUAGUACUCCCAAACCAAAGCUUGGAUCCUUGGUCACGACCCCGAAAAAGAAGAAGCGAGGAGGUGGCAAGCUUAUACCAAGCAUGUGCUCCAUGGUGGAAGUUGCAGAAAGCAAUAGGCCGAAUGGGACUUCUGGAUUCGGUUACAAGAAUUUGAAAGCUGAUGCGAAGAAGUUGGAAGCUUAGACAAUGCUCUGAGAUAGCUUCGAGAAUCGAAGCUUCUUGAUUCGAUUUGUAAUAGGGGUAGCCCAUGUCCUAUCCAGGCUCCCACAUCUAACAUCCACAAUUUCAACUAUGUAAGACCCCUUCUUGACCGGCUUCUUUGUAAUAGGAGAUCCAUCUAAAGAAAUGUUAUCAGAAUCUAGCAUUGGAAUUUGAUGAGUUUUUCGAUUGUAGUAUCUUGCUUUCUCUGCAAUUUCAGGCCUUUUAUGAUUAAUGAUUUUGCAGCUGCUGCUGCUGCACCCUUCAUCUGCUGAUGUUCUUGGCUUUAGUCUUUUGGUGGUAGAACCACUAGGAACCAAAACUGAAGCUGUAGGAGAUUUAUUUCCAGAUAAUACUGACAUUCGAGGUGAAGAUUUUACGGAUGCCAAUUCCCUUGACAUCAGGGCACUGAUUGUCCCGGUGGUCCCUAGUUUGAUGGAUCCACCGCCACCCUUUAUAGCUUCCAGUGUUUGAACCAUGUUUUUGUCCAAUUUUGGUGAAGGUCUGAAUAGAUAUCUUCUAGGAGGAACAAGUUCUAAGCCUCCAAAGAUGACCCUCACGCGGUUGUAUCAAAGCAGUUCAAGGCCC